UGAGAUUGCUAAACAAGUAGAGCUAAAGUUACAAAAUGAAAAAAAUAUUAAAAAUGAUGAAAUAAAAAAAUAUUUAAAUAAUAUAAAAAAACCUAAGAGCAUCAUGGAGACAUUGAAUGAAAAAAGUGAGAUGAUAAACCAUCAGCAGAAUGAUCAUUAUUAUGCCGAAAAUACAAUAAUUGACUAUGUUAACGAUGAUUGCCUGGCUGAAAUAUUCAUGUAUGUGCCAGCAUGUGAGAGACUAAAAAUUGCACUGGUAUGCAAAAAAUGGAAAAGAGCCCUUGAUUAUUCUUGGUUUAAUGUCACAAAACUUGAAUUAACUUAUUGGCGAUAUCAUGAACUUCCAAAUUGUUUAAAAAAAUAUCAAAGGCGUGAUAAAAGAUUAAAUUUUUUAAAGUCACUGCUUGAUAAAUGUGGUCGUUAUUUAACAAUAUUAGACUUGACAGCUUAUGAUCUUUGUAACAUAGUGCCAAUUAUAAAUGAUUAUUGUCCAAACCUCGAGAAACUUCGAUUGAGAUUCAGUUUCAUUCUGCACGGUACACUGUUGUCCAAUGCAUUUACACGUCUAUCUAAACUAAAAUCUUUGACAAUUAUAUUUGAAAAUAUGAAAAAUCAAAUAAUACCUGAGACUUUAAUAAAUUCAUUGAUAAACGUUGCUGGUACAUUGACUGAACUGUAUUUGUUGCAUUUUGUCAAUCACUUGGAUGAAAGCUGUCGUUAUCCAAAAAAUCUUCGUUGUGUAAUUCGUCGACUAAAAGCUUUGAAACGUUUUGAAGUUGCUGGUAUACGAGGUUUCAAAGAUUCAUUCAAGUAUUUAAAAAAUAAUGAAAUGUCAUUUUAUUACAACCAUAAUGAAUAUCUUAAAAAACGUCCUUAUCUGGGAAUUUCGUUUAUAAAUAUCAGCUCAUUAAAUUUAACAAGUUGCUUUAAAGAUGAUACUUUGUAUACUAUUGCCAAUACCAUGGAACAAUUAAAAAUUUUAGCUAUUAAUUGUACUGAGAUAACCGAUGACGGUGUAGUAGCACUUUCAAAGAUGAAUAAUUUACAAAUAAUUUGUUUAAACGGUCACAGUAACAUCACUGAUUCUUCAAUAAAAUUGCUCAAAAAUAUAUUACAAUUAUCUUUGCCACGAAGCAAUAAAAUUACAGAUGUUUCAGUGACGAAACUUCUUGAAAAUUCACCAAAAAUUGAGAAACUUUUACUUCACUUCACAAUAAGUGUGACUGCUAAUUUUGUAAAAAAAGCAGCAGAAAUAUCAAGUCAACGAAAACAACUUUUAAAGAUAUCCAUUCAUACAUUAAUACCUGAUGUAAAACGAUAUGAAUCACCGUAUUUUAAAAUAUAUAUUCUUGAAAAUGAAGAAAAAUAAAAAAAAUAUAGUAUAUUUUGAUACAAAUGCCUAAUUAGAUAGUGUGUAAUUCUUAUCAAUUAAAAUAUAAAA